AUGCUUCACAGGAUAGAGUGUUGGAAUGGCACCUCAUUUCAGACCACCACAUUGAAGGCCUUGGGAGUCCGCUUUCAGCUUGAGCAUCCCAUUGGUGUCCAAUGUGUCAAUCCGAUCCCCACAUUCAAUGACGACUUUGUUAUUCUUGACUACAAUGGUGUCCAUGAAGUUGGACUCAAUUUCUGUGGAUGCGAGUCUGCACAGCCGCACAUCACCCAGUUGCUACGUGUUUGCUUGUUUCCCGCCACCACACUGGACCCUAAAUCAGCCGCCACCUUUCAUGUGCUAGAGUAUUUUCAAAUGCUGUCCUUUGAAUCUAAAGUAUCGGCAUGGGAGUUUUAUAAUACCGUUGCUCGCCUCACAGAUAACACAGGCACCCGUGUUCUAAAGGAUCGUUAUGCGAGUCUUCUUCGGAUGAUACGCGAAUGGCGCUUCGUGAUGCAAAUGAAGCGCUGCAGUCAGGGUCAUCAUCCUGGAGGCAUCCAAGCAACAGAGGCCGGUGCUUGUGCCGUCUUAUGCCCUGCCUGUCCCCAUCCAAGCAGGAAUCUACCUGUUGGGUGGGAAAAUUCGCCACCAGAAUUCCAAUUUUUAUAUGCAAUUUUUCUGGCUAUUGAUGCAAAUUUCCGACUAGUUUGGCGUAAUGUAUCGUCAGAUGCCGUUGAUCCUGGACUGAAUCAUGGGUACGCAUUUUUGGUGGAGGAGACCACGUACAAGGACUUUCUGGCUUCGCACUACAGGGUGGGGAAUCCCCAGGAGAAGAGCACAUGUUCUAGCCACUCUGCUGUGAACCUAGCAGAUACGAGGGCUUCGCGUGGACUUGCGGCAACAGGUGCAGGCACAGUUGAUUGUGCGUGGCACAAUUUCAAACGACCGUGUUCAGUUGGUGACUUACAAAAAGGAGAAAGGUACAUCAAUAUGGACUAUCUAUUUUUUUCAAGCAUGCGCUCUUCACAAGACAUUCGCAUCCUCAACGUAUCUUAUGAUAUUGCCUGUCAGUGGAAUAAAAAUCUUUGGUCGCACAUGUCGACAUUCCCACACCAGUAUCAUAUCGACCACAAUCACAAGGUUGUCACAUUCCUUGUUCCUAAGUUCCAUCUACCAGUGCAUAUCGCCAGUUGCCAAACCAAAUUCUCAUUUAACUUCAUCAAGGGUGUCGGGCGGACUGAUGGUGAAGCCCCAGAGCGCGGGUGGGCAGAUAUCAACCCCAUCGCUACAAGUACUUGUGAGAUGGGACCCGGAUCCAGGCGAGACACCUUAGAUGAUCACUUCAACAAUUGGAAUUAG